ACAGUCUCUUGGAACCCUUAAAAUAUAAAACAUGGAGGACAAAACACAAAUGAAAGAGUUAGAUCAGUGGAUAGAUCAGCUGAUGGAGUGUAAACAGUUGGCCGAAAAUCAAGUGAAAACACUUUGUGAAAAGGCUAAAGAGGUCCUGGCAAAGGAGAGUAAUGUUCAAGAAGUAAAGUCUCCUGUCACAGUGUGUGGAGAUGUUCAUGGACAGUUUCACGACCUUAUGGAACUCUUCAAGAUUGGUGGGCGGUCUCCAGACACAAAUUAUCUUUUCAUGGGAGACUAUGUUGAUAGAGGCUAUUAUUCUGUAGAGACUGUCACAUUGUUAGUCUGUUUAAAGGUGAGUCACAUCAAAUUAGUUGUUAAUCUGUGUUAUCAAUAAUGAUUAUAAAUUUGC